AUGCAUAGUAUGUUUGUGGGAGACAGCAGGACGCGGGAGUGUUUCUGUGAAGAAAACAUGUAUACAGAUUGGCAUCCUACUAAUUUGACCCUUAGUGAUAAGACUUGUCAGAGAUCCAGGAUUCUGAAAGUUGAUGAUAAAUGUCCGUCUGUAUCACCAUCAAUGCCUGAAAAUCAGUCAGCAACCAAAGAAUUGGGACAGAUGAACUUAACAGAACAAGAAAAGAUGAACAUUGGAGUUGUACCUUUCUCAGGGAAAGAUACUCUCCAUGACCUGUGCCAAUCACAGCUACCAGAAAACAAAGAGAGCAAAGAAGCAGAACAAGACUUGCAGCUGACAUCAGAGGAAGAGCAAGAAAGACUAAAAGGAUUUGAAAAUAAGCAGCCACAGAAAAUGUCUCAAGAACAAGAAAUGGCUAAGGAUUGUGAUAGAGAGGAUAUACUUGUAUAUUCAAUACUUCCUCGUGUGCAAAAGUCUGAGGAAAUGUGGAUUGCACAAGGCAAAUUAGAGUGGAAAAACAAAUUAAAACUCAUUCUCUUUAAUUUGACAAAUAACAUACCUGGUUGUGAGGAAGAAGAUGCAUCUGAAGUAUCUGACUCUGUGGUAUUCAAGACAUUUCCUGAACAAAAAGAACCCAGUCUCAAAAAUAUCAUCCAUCCAUACUGUCAUCCAUACUCUGGGUCCCUGGAACAUGCUUGCCAGUCAUCUUCUAAGCUUCAUUUACAUAAAAAUAACUUAGACUGUGACAGUGAUAACAAACCAGGCAUUGAACAUAUUUUUAGUACGGAUGAGAACUUUCGUAAUGAUGCAGGCAUUAAGAAAGCAAGGAACCCAGAAGCAGUUGAAAUGAAAGAAGGCCAAGAGUUUGAUUUGCAAAUGACAAAAAAUAUGAACCAAAAUAGUGACAGUUGCAGUACAAAUAACUAUAAAAGCCUGAAACCUAAAUUAGAAAAUCUGAGUUCUUUACCACCAGAUUCUGACAGAAAAUCAGAAGUAUAUCUACAUGAAGAAAUACAGCAAGACAUGCAAAAGCUUAAGAAGGAAGUCGACAGGUUAGAAGAGUUCCUGGCUUUGAAGAAAGAAAACGUUCAACUUCUGAAAGAGAAAACCCAAAGAGGUAGCAAGUCAGAGUCUUCCUUACAAUCAGAGGAUGUGGAGGAUGCAGAUGAGCUUUUAAGAAUCCUGAGCACAGAACUUGAAUUUCUUGAUUUGGAUCAAAUGAGUCCUGAGGAGAAACAGAUUAGUUCCCUUGUAAGCCAGCCCUCAGAAGAGCUUGAGGAGAAAACUGACCCGAUGCCCCAAGAUGAACUGGGAUGAGAAAGAGGGGACUUGGAGUCAGAAAACAGAGAGGAGGGACAAGAAAGGAGAGUAUCUGACAUCCAGUCCAAAGCAGGGAUCUCCAGGCAGUUGCUGGUGUCCAGCACCACAGAGGACAUUCUGUUUCAAAAGGAUAAAAGUGCCCCAGUGUAUCCCUUGAAGCAGCUGGCCCACAUUGAUACUGGAAUUGUUUCUUUUUUCAGGCCUGCAGAUAAAACAUCUAAUGAAAAGAACAAGGUCAAAAACCAAAUACAUCGUGGGGCUGACUUUGCUGACUCAAUGGGGCCAUCUGAAACAGCCUCAGAGGUUUGUGAGUUGUCUCACUCUAUUCAUGAGAAUUUUAUAUUGCUGAUUGAACAACUUGGAAUGGAGUGUAAAGAUUCGAUUCACCUAUCAAGAAUCCAAGACACAUUUUGUUUAUAUGAACACCUACUGGAACUUAAGAAUAAUGACUAUGAACGACUUACAGAAAAAAUUAAGCAAAUGGAAAAUAUGGUCAGUGUACUACAAAAGGAGCUACCUGAAACGAAAAAGACAAAAUUACAGUUAGAGCUUCAAAAAAUUGAAUGGGAGAAAGAGGUGUACAGUUUGACGCUGUGCAGGUUGCACACAUUAGAUAGGCCCUGGCCUCUGGUCCACCCUCUGCUCUAA